CCUUCCAGAGUGGGCCCUGGCGGCUCAGGCGCGGCCGCCGGGGAGGCAGGCAAAGACGCCAGGGCUCUGGCCAGUGUGCUGGGGUCCUCUCGGUGGGGGGUCAGGCCUCCUGGAGCUCAGGGGUCCCCGAGCCUCCCUCCGUGCGUUUGGGGUGGGGCUCUCUGCAGCCGGGCCCGACUGUAUCCCAGCUCCUUGGCCAGAGGCAGCAGCCGUGGACUUGUGAAUUGUGGAAGAAGCCCUCAGGACCCUGGGGAUCCUAGGAGGAGCCUCGGAGCCAACCCCUGAGGGACCCUCUGCAGCCCCUUCCCCUCCUUUGUCUUUGGCAGAUGAUCACCUGAUAUCCUUUUUCCCCCGGGUCAGACUGGUCCAGAGGUGCACGGCCCAGUUGGGGCAAAACGUGGCUGGAACAGAAGUCUCCUGGCUCUUGGUCCCGUGUCUUACCUAUUUCCAGUAUCUCCCAGGGCAGCCACGGCCUCUCCUCCCACCUCAUGCUGCUCUUUUCAUUUUCUGAGGCUCUUGGGCCUCUGAAGUUCUUCCCUCUUUAUAACCCAGAUCCUCAGGCUUUAUGCCAAGUCCCAUUUCCUCUUACGACCUCCUCAGUCAGCACAGGGCAGGGGCCGAGGUCUUUCAGAGAAGGUCUCGCUUGCUCCUGUCCUUCUCAUCUCUAUGCAUGAAACAGCAGAGGAGGGGGCAGCUUCCUGACUCUUCUAAAUCAUGCAGCUCCUGAGUCUGAAAACCAAGAUGAUCCCUUCCCCCCAUCCCACCAUCACAUACCUGAGCCGCACUUUCCAUCAGAUGCACCCCUUAACUGAUACCCACUGAGUCCCUCUGGGCCCCACGCCCCGCCCCCCACUCUGCCCUGGGGGAGGAGGGAGCAGGAAGGUGGCCGAUUCCGCCGCCCAUCUAGUCAAGGCUGCAGGGUCAGGAGGAGGCCAUUCCUCGGGACCCCAGACUGCCAACCCCAAGGUGGCAGUGCCACGUGAACAGAUGCCGAUUAUGGUUCUGACUGCCGGCACCUGUGUCACAUCAUCUCCAGCCGAGUCCUCUGGAGCCCUAAAUCCUUCUUCUGGGCUGCUGUUGGGACGGGGCGGGAGGACGCCCCAGGGAGGCUUUUCGGUGUGGGGGAGGAAUUUACCCCUCCCUCGGUCUACAGGCAGCCUCAGUUCUGAUUGGAUGAGCCAUCGUCACUUCCACCCCCUAAACACAGCCAGGCUUCUGGUGAGGGAUGAGAAGGUGAUUCUCUGCAGGAAGGGCGACAGCUGUUCUCCAGAUCAGAAAGCAAUUUAGUUAGUGGGAGAGAUUUCGGUGAGCUCAGAGGGUAGAAAUCCCGUCCGAGACGUAGGCCCCGACACGGUGGGGCACAGGAGCGUGGGCCCCGGUGAGAUGCCUGCUGUGUGAAAUGGGCACCUGCUGUCUGGGCUCACCGGUCUGGAUACGCAGAAAGUCAGGGUGCAGGAACUUGUCGUCACACAGGGAGGAAAGAAGUCUACUCGUUAUAGACUACCUCCUGCAUGCCCAGCAUCUGCACCAGGCAUCUCUUUCCGCCCGUAACUCUAGAAAGUAGAUUUUCUUAUUCCCCUUUUCCCAGAUGAGGAACUGAGAGUCAGGGGUAUAAGUGACUUCUUCACGGUCACACAGCUAGAGGGGCCCGAGGCAGGAUUCAGACCCAGUCUGCCUGAUGCCAGAGUCCACACACUUUCCCCUACCCCAUGCCCUGUGAGGCACUGCAGACAAAGAACUAAGGAGAGAAGGUGAUCCCGGCCUCCAGGAGCUCAAGAUGCAUCUUUCCAGCCCUCACCGUACCCUGCAGAGGGCGUCCAGGUGCGCCCCCCCCUCCCCCCGACAGGAAGGUAAACUGUAUUUCCGAGGAGGGAGAAGGAGCUGUUCUAGCUUCUAAUAACUAAACAGCUCCCCUCUCCUGUCUCCCCAAAAUGUACCCUGCACCUGGGAUUCCCCCAGUCCCUUGUGGCCCUACCUACCUCCUCCAUCCACGGUCUGCCACGCCGGGACUCUGCUAGUUAACGGGGACGAAAUUGUCCCUACCCACCCUCAGCUUCCCCACGAGCUACCCCAAGGUGGUGACGGCGGGCCCCUGCUGAAUACCUAAUAAACCCAGUCACUACCGAGUCAAACUGUGCAUUGUAUUCUGUAUAAAAGAGACUGUACUAGAUCCUAGGUGCAACUUUAGAAAAAAAAAAAUACCGAGUGACUCUUUCUGGAGCUGAGCACCCCUUCAACAAGUCUGACGCAGCAAUAUCACAUAAGAAAGAAAGACUCCACAGUACCAAAGGCUUUAUCAUUAGAGGCUUUCAUCAACUUUCCUUCCCCCGCUUCUCUCCCCUCCCCGUGCCACCUUGUGACCAAGGCAAAGAGUCAAAGCCUUUUUAAGAGAGAAGAGAAACCCAGGCCUGAUGCGAUUGCAAGGUCUCAGAGCAAGAGGGAUUUGGGUUUGACGUGAGGAAGAACUCCCCGACAGGGAAAUGGCCACCCUGUGGAAGGGGGUGGUGAGGAAUCAAAGGGGUCACUGGACUCCCCGCCUCUGCUCGGUGCCCCUUCAGGCCCCAGCUGGGUGCACUCUGCCCAGGCAUGGAAACCGCCCGUGACUCAGGGAAUCUUAAGUGGCGGUUGCUAGGUUACAAGUUUCCUCAAUGUGCACUCAAUGUAAGGAUUAAAGGAUGUCACCUGGCUGAGAGGAAGAGCCAUGGGGGAAGGAGUUGGGGAGAUGGAGAGAAGCCAGGACUUCCAGAACAAGCAAUCAGGCCACGACCUGAAAGGCAUCCUAUUCUCAGUACUUUUCCAAGGGUCUGAGUCCCUAGAUCCCGCGGUCCUCAUGGAGGGCGGUGCUUGCAGAACAUGAGCGUUAGGCUGGAAGGGGGCCUAUUCUGGGAUUGGGUUCCAGUCCUUCCCCAGUUAUGUUGCCCAGCACACAAUAUGGCAAUGGGCAGAGCCGUUGCCGGAACCCUUUGGGGGCCUGGGCUCCUUCCUUCAGUGUAAUUGGACAAGAAGCCGGAAGCCAGGUGACAGUUGAAAAGCUUGGUGUCCUUAGGAAUACACAAUUCUUUCAUUUGUGAUCUAACUGUGUUAAAGUGGAAGAGGGUUAGAUUUGGAAUUCACAAACUAGACCCUGGUGUUGGCCCUCGGACGGUCGUAAGUCCGUUACUUCACCUCACUAAGUCUCAGCUGCCUCACCUGUGAAAAGUGGAAACCGAUACCUGCCCCCGUCAUCUUUCCCAGGGUUGUUUUAAGAUUACGAGAAAAUGGAUGUGUGAGGACUUAGGUCAGUUUGAUGAGUUCUGCAAACACAACAUCAUAUGGAACUGUGUACAACUGCUUCGGAAGCUGCCCCAGCUGCGGUGGGUGGGGACUCCAGGAGCCUUGCCCCAUUGCUUUGGUAAAAGGCUCAGUAGACAAAAGAAGCUGAAGACGGGUCCCCCACGAGACCCUUUGAGGAAGACCUAUGGCUUUCAGUCUUCCUACUCACCCUGUGCUGGUCUUCUGAACACAGUUCAAGUUGGGGGUCGAGGAUCUGUUCCCUAUUCCUCCGGGCAGAUUGGGAUCCUUGGGAAGAAAGAGAAACGGUUGGCGUUUCCUGUAAAACUUCAUUAAUUCAGACCACAUUCUUUUGGAAUUUAUGAGUUCUUACUGAAUAGAGAAAACAGAACACAACCUUCCUCUGAAGGUUCUAGAGGUGCUUACUGUGUAAGCACAGAGAAUUCAAACAAAAAAAGCAGUUCAAUUUCUAAGCCAAGAACACAAGAUAUUAAGAUGAGUUGUGACUUCUGUUUCUCACAGGAAGUCAUUUCUAAACAAGGGGCAAAAGUUUGUAUUUGUUCCGUUUCCCUUUUUCUGCAUUUUGUUGAUAAUAGUUGCUGGCCAUGGUCUUAAUAGCGAUUUACCAAGCCCUUGCUAUGUGCCAGAAACUGAACUGUUUUACAAACAGUAUCUCAUUUAAUCCUCACAAAAAUCUACCAGGAGCCAUCCAUAGCAUGAAACACUACUCAGAAAUUAAAAGGAAUGACCUACUGGCGCAAGCAACAACCUGGAUGAAACUCCACAGAAUUAUGUUGGGGGCGGAGGUGGGGUUCCUAGUCAAUCCCAAAAGGUUACAUACUUUACGAUUCUAUUAAUCUAACUAAUCUAUUCUUGAAAAGACAAAAUGAGGGAAAUGGAGAACAGAGUAGUAGUUGCCAGGGGUUGGAGAACAAAAGGUGGGAGGGAAGCAGGUGUGGGUAUAAAAAGGCAACACAAAGAACCCUUGUCUUGUGGUGAAAAUGUUCUGUACCUUCACUGAUCAAUUUCCAUAUCCUGGUUGUGAUAUUACUGUACUAUGAGUUUUGCAAAAUGUUACCUUCGAGGGAAACUGGGUAAAUGGUGCUCUUUCUUCCCCCUGCAUGUAAAUCUACAAUUUAUCUCCAAAUAAAAAGAGAUGAAUUCAAAUAAUAUAAGGAAAUUGGGGCUCAGGGUGGUAAAACAAUUUCAGAGCCAGAAUUCAAACUCAGGUGUCAGACUGCCAAACCUGAGCGUUUGGAGACUUGACUCUAUUCAAGGGAACCAAGAAGAAGGAGGACCCCAUCGGCCUAGAAGUCCAUUAGACCAGGGGACCCACGGGUGUCAUGGGCUGAUGUGUUACCGGGGGUCUACUGUCCUGAAAAGGCUGAGAAUGUGGCUUGGAGAAACUAUUUGGUAAGCCCUGUGGGUUGGUGCUGAGUGCCAACAUUGAACGACCGGGUUUCCCCUUCCCAAGGUGUGUGAAAAAGGGAUGAGAGAGUGUGUGUGUGGGGGGGGGGGGGGUCCCCCUAUGUGUUUGUCUAUGUGGGUGUCUCCAGUUAGGAAUCCACAUGUCUGUACCUUUGUCAGUUACUCCGUGAAUAUGUCAGUUUCCGGGUGAGAGAGGGUAGGGUGAUGUGCAAGUUCUGCCUACGUGUGUGCAGGUCGGUGUAUACGUUAUGUUUGGGUGCACCCGGGGCAGGUCUCCCCGGGUCACACCCACAUAACUUGUUUCUAUGAGGUUAAACCAUUUGAUAAUACCUCCCCCAAAGCAAAGCUGACUGUUGAGCCAGCCUGUCACGAACUGGGUCUGUGUACUGUAGAUAAACUGGGUAAUUGGACUCUCCGCCUCUUCAUCCAAAACAAACACUCACAGACCGCCCACCCCCACGCUGGAAGGAGUCUGGUUCCUGUCAUCUGGGUACUUGGCUCCAGUGCCCCGCCUCUCUGACCCUGUAGACAAGGUGAGCGUCUCCCCGAGGGGCCCUUCCCCUCCCCCGCGGGCGGACGCUGCCAGCGCUUAUGUAAAGAGGUCACGGCCUGCUCCGCCGCCGUCGCCGGGCGCACGCGGCUUCCUGCACAGGUGUGGCGGCUGCGGGCGGGGAUGUGCGUGGAGCAGCCUGGCGGGCCUCCUCCUCCCGGGCGGCUCCGCUUCUCCUUCGCGCUGCUCGUUCCUUCUCCUCGUCUGCAUGUGUGACAGCGGUGUGCGGGCUGGGGAAGGACAGCGCGCCCUGUCCCCAGCUCCCCGCAGCCCUGGGGGGGCUCCCCGCUCCCGGGUGAUGCGCUGUCUACGCCUCGCCGCCGCGCUCCUCGGGCCUGGCUGUGGCCAGGCGCGGACGCCGCCGGACCGCGCAGUCUGGAGGGACUGUGAAGCGCUGGCCGGCGUCGGGGCCCUUGCCCCGGGGUCGGGCGGGAGCCGGCGGACGGGAGCCAGAUGGAGGCGGCGAGAGGGGGCGCGGAGUAGCGGGCGGCCCCCCGGGCUCGCACCUCCGGCGGCGCCGUGGCGCUCCGCGGGCACUGGGGCGCGGCGGGCGGGGCCCCCGGGGCUGCCAUGGAGGUGCCUAACGUCAAGGACUUCCAGUGGAAGCGCCUGGCGCCGCUGCCCAGCCGCCGGGUCUACUGCUCCCUGCUGGAGACCGGGGGGCAGGUCUAUGCCAUCGGGGGAUGUGACGACAACGGCAUCCCCAUGGACUGCUUUGAGGUCUACUCCCCCGAGGCCGACCAGUGGACCGCUCUGCCGCCCCUGCCCACGGCCCGGGCCGGGGUGGCCGUCACCGCCCUGGGGAAGCGGAUCAUGGUGAUCGGGGGUGUGGGCACCAAUCAGCUGCCCCUGAAGGUCGUGGAGAUGUACAACAUCGAUGAGGGCAAGUGGAAGAAGAGGAGCGUGCUGCGUGAGGCCGCCAUGGGCAUUUCUGUCACGGCCAAAGAUUACCGAGUGUAUGCGGCAGGCGGGAUGGGCCUGGACCUCCGUCCGCACAACCACCUCCAACACUAUGACAUGCUCAAGGACAUGUGGGUGUCACUAGCGCCCAUGCCCACCCCGAGAUAUGCUGCCACCUCCUUCCUCCGAGGCUCCAAGAUCUAUGUGCUAGGGGGACGACAGUCCAAGUAUGCAGUCAACGCCUUUGAGGUUUUUGACAUCGAGACUCGCUCCUGGACCAAGUUCCCCAACAUUCCCUGUAAGCGGGCCUUCUCCAGCUUUGUGACCCUGGAUGACCGCUUGUACAGCCUGGGGGGCCUGAGGCAGGGUCGGCUCUACCGGCAGCCCAAGUUCCUCCGGACGAUGGACGUGUUCGACAUGGAACAAGGGGGAUGGCUGAAGAUGGAACGCUCGUUCUUCCUCAGGAAGCGGCGGGCAGACUUUGUGGCCGGCGCUCUGAGUGGACGGGUCAUAGUGGCCGGAGGACUUGGGAACCAGCCCACUGUCCUGGAGACAGCCGAGGCGCUCCACCCCGGGAGGAACAAGUGGGAGGCCCUCCCCACCAUGCCCACGCCCCGCUGUGCCUGCUCCAGCAUUGUCGUCAAGAACUGCCUCCUGGCUGUGGGGGGCGUCAACCAGGGUCUGAGCGACGCAGUGGAAGCCCUGUGUGUCUCUGACUCCUAGCUCUCAGCACAGCGCCUGUGCCCCGGACCGGAUCAGCCCACACUCCACAAGAGGAAUGGUCUCGUCAAAGCAGUGUGGGCGACUUCCCAGGAUGCCAGCUCCUGUCAGCAGCUAGUGAGGUCAGGCCCCGGGGUUCUGAGGGACCUCCCUCCGCCUCCAAACCCUACCCAUCCCAGGAAACCAUGCGAAGUCCCAGGGACUCAGCCAGCCUCCAGCUGGAGGCCAGCUGAACUCUGAGGAGAGUCCCCGCUUCCUGCUUAGGCAGAGAAAGACACAGGAGUACUGGCUACCUCCCCUUCCUGUGAGUUCCACCUCCCCCCGUGUCCAGGGUAGGGGGUGGGCAGGGCCGAAGACAGCUGCUAUCACUGUCCUCUCCCCAGCUCUGAACUAGUUUGAGGGUCCCUCGGGAUGGAAAACGGAGAAGGUUCGCAAGGAGUCCCAAACCCCUCGCUUCUCCCUUGGUCUAUAUCCCUUCCCCAUUUGGUGGUCAGCCGUGGGCCUGCCCUAGCCCCCGUCCCCUCAGCAAGAAUUGGCCUUGGAGUCAGGUUCACAGGGACUGGUCCAGGUCAGUAGCCUCGGCCAGGAAGGACCCGUGCCUCUCGGGUCCUCGACGGGAACGUAACGAUGGGGAAGCAGCAGACGCCCAGCCCAGGCUCUGCUUCCCGCUCGUCCCCUCGCUCACUUUCUCCUUCCGCCACCCUCCCCUCACCCUUUUGUCACCCGCGGCCCCAGCGCAUUUCUGGGCAAAACCUUCUCAUGUACACUGUGGCAUCCAAAUCCACGAAGGAUGGAUUAACUGCACUCUGGUUAACAGCAGCAGCACAACAAUUAAAAUCUAUAUUCCUA